AACUUUUUGAACUUUUUCCGGACUCGACCAUGACUUCGCCCUCCCGUCCCCGCACACUCUCCGAAGGCAAAAGAGACAUUCUCACUUGUUCCAAAAAUGAUCUCAUCACGAAGGUCUUGGACCUCCAGGAAUCUCUUAUGGCGACUUUAAAUCGAGUAGAGACGGCGAGAAUUGAGCAUGCCCGGAUAGCAGGGGAGAAUACGCUACUGUUACAGUAUGUGAAUAAUCUUGUAAAUGCGACGGGAGCCCCGGUGGAGAAGGCCAAAAAGUAGACAAGAGCUAUGAUAUGCUUUCCUGUAUGUGGGAAAUGGGCUAGCCCGAUAGAAUGGUUGCAGCCAUUCUUGGAUCUGGUGCAAAGAAUCUUGCUAGGAAGAAAGUGAGCCCUGCUCUAGCUAUCCAGACGGGAAAAAAAUACCCUCCCAAACUUUGCGAAACCACACAUAGAUGCGUGUAGAAACCCCGGUCUAUUCCAUCCGUUCCUCUAUACUCGUAAUAAAAAUAAAAAAUACGCGUCAUAUCCAGU